AGGAGGGGGGGAUGGACGGCGUGUGGCCGGGGGGUGCUGCAGCAGAGCUCGGUGCUGCUCCGCAGGGCUGGCCCGACCCGGAGCUUUGCGCUCUCCCCGCGCUGCAGCCGCACUUUGACCGCUCGCUUCCCUUUUCCUCCCGUCCUUGCGCGAAGCCCUGGGCCCGCGGCGCUCGCUCGCUCGGAGCAGCACGGAGCCUUCUUCCUCUUUUCCUCCUCCCCUUCCUCCCUGCCCUCGGGAUGGGUUGGUGGCUGCCGGCUGCGGGGCUGCUCUGCGCGCUGCUCUGCGCGCUGCUCCGCUUCGCCCUGCGCGGCCCCGCGCCGCCGCUCGCCCUCCCCUCGCUGCGCGGCCGCACCGCCAUCGUCACCGGGGGAAGCGGCGGGAUCGGGGAGGCCGCGGCGCGGGAGCUGGCGCGGGGCGGAGCGCGCGUGGUGCUGGCAACGCGCAACGCGCUGCGGGGAGAGGCGGCCGCACGGCGCAUCCGGAGGGACACGGGGAACCCUGAAGUGCUCUUCAUGCCGCUGGACCUCAGCAGCCUCCGCUCGGUGCGCGCCUUCGCCGCAUCCUUCCUGCAGCGGGAGCCCCACCUGCACCUCCUCAUCAACAACGCCGGGGUGAGCGCCGGGGGCACGACGGAGGACGGUUUCAGCCUGCCCUUCCAGGUGAACCACCUGGGCCACUUCCUGCUGACCCAACUGCUGCUGCAGCGCCUGCAGAGCAGCGCCCCGAGCCGCGUGGUCAUCGUCGCCUCCUCUGCGCACUGCGCCGGCCGCCUGCACAUGGCCGAGCUCGGCCGCUCGCCCCGCGGCCCCUUCGCUGCCUUCCAGGAUUACUGUGACAGCAAGCUGGCCAACGUGCUGCACGCCCGGCAGCUGGCAGCGCGCCUGCAAGGCACCGGGGUCACCGCCUACGCCGUGCACCCAGGUAUGGGCAGCUCCGUGCCAAGCGGUUUGCUUGUUGCACGCUUGCACAGAGCACCCCUUCGCACGGAGCAUCCCUGUGCAUGGUGUUCCCUUUGCACUGAGCAUCCCUGUGUGCUGCGCAUCUUUUACACAGUUCGCCUUUUUGCACGGCGUCCCUUUGCAUGUCUCAGCCCUUUGCACACUGCAUCCCUCUGCACGAUUCAUCCUAUUGCGCAGUGCAUCCCUCUGCAUGGAGCACCCCUCUGUGCAGCACACCCUUUCCACAGUUCAUCUGCACAGCGUCCUUUUGCAUGCCAUAUCCCUUUGCACAGUGCAUCCCUUUGCACAGCACAUCUGCUUGCACAGUGCAACAUUCCGCACAGCGCAUUGCUUUGCAUGCUGCGUCUCUUUGCUGGUGGGUCCCCUCCCCACCGGUGCCUGCUGCAAUGCACCCCCUUCCCCUCUCCCUGCAGGUUUUGUCAACACGCAGCUGUUCCGCCACGCACCGCUCUGGCUGCAGCCGCUGUGGACGCCGCUCUCCCGGUUCUGUUUCCGCAGUGCAGCCGAGGGCGCGCGCACAGUGCUGUUCUGUGCCACGCAGGACGGCCUCGAGCCCUUCAGCGGCUGCUACUUCGCUGACUGCCGCCCGCUGCAGCCCUGGGCUCAGGGCAGGGACGAUGCUGCAGCACGGGAGCUGUGGGACCGCAGCGAGAGGCUGCUGGGGCUGCAGCCCUCCUUGUGCACACCUGCGGAAUAAACACGUCCUGCAG